UUUAGAUACGCAUAUACCAAACCACAGGGGCACUUAAUUAUUUAGAUUAAUCGUAGAUGGUAUAAGAUUUUGUUUUUGGUAGUAAGAAUGGAUAAUUUUAUAGGGGGUCGUUUGGAUUCAGAAAAGUGGGUAGGGAUUUGGCCCAAAUUCGGGCCAACCCAGGAAUUUAACAAAUUUUCUCGUUUGGAUAGCAAUAAAAAUGAUAGAGAUUUGGGCCACCGAGAUUUCUAAAUCCGGUCCACUCGGAAAUUAGAAAUAUCUGCUAUACCCCAAGUAUUUUGAAAUUCUGCCCUGUUUUUUUUUUGUUUCUUCCCAGCGUAUCCCUGCGUGGCUGCGCAGUGCCCAGAGCAAUCUCGCCACAGUUGGACGCGAGAGAGAAGGAGAUCGGAGAAGACGACGCAAGCUCUCCGACCACCACCGCAUCCUCCUCCACCGCCGCCCCGCCACAUCUCCUUUCUCGUCUUCUUCCGCCGCACUCUGCUCUUCUUCCCCUGCACCAGUCAGCGAAGAAUUCAGAUCUAGAAUCGAUCGUCAAGAAUGGGGGAGCUUCGAUUGGACCCUAAUCGACCGCCCACGACGGAGACUGGAGAGGAAGCCACAACAAGGUCUACACCGCCAAAGGUCCCAGAGACCGCCGGGUCAGGCUCUCUGCCCACACCGCCAUCCAAUUCUACGAAGUGCAGGACCGCCUCGGCUACGGCCGGCCCUGCAAAGCCGUCGAUUGGCUCAUCUAGAAGGCCAAAUCGUCCAUCGACAAACUGGCCGAGCUUCCUCCCUGGCAUCCCACCGCGGCUGCCGCCGCCGACAGCGCUAACGACGAGGAGGGUUUGGAAUCCGAACACAACCCCAGGGAACUGGACAUGGCAGAGCAAUCGGAGUCCUCUGGCUACGACUUUUAGCUUCACCGGCAAUUGGGAGGCGAGAACGUCGGCAACCACUCCGCGUCGCCGUUGUUCCUUCAGAUAGAUCCCGACGAGAUUCCCGAGACCAUGAAACCCUUCUUCCCCACCAGCUCGACCACCUUAUCCAUGAAUUUCCAGAGCUACCCACCCGAUCUAAUGUCCAGAAAAGCCAAUCACUCAUUUCAUUUCAAGACCAGGCCCUAAUCCCCCAUGCCCAAUCCCACCAGCAGCAGCCGGAUAGGGGUAAUACCCGAUUGGGUACCCACCACAGCUUGUUCCAGACCGGGUCGGGCGGGUUCGAUGCGAAUUUCCAGAGAAUGGUGGCUUGGAGCGCCGAAUCAGGCGGCGGGAGUAGAAGCGACAGCGGCGGCGGUGGAGUGUUCGUGGCGAUCUCUCCUGUCUUGAUUAUUCCGCUGAUCAGAAUAGCAAGGGAGGAAGAAGGCUCGAUGCAAAGAUAGGUAGGGGGUUAGGGAUUUGGGUCAGCGUAGAAGAAAAGGGGAAAAUAGGUACUUCAAUUAUUCAUUAAAAUUUAAAAUCCCGG